AGUGCAGAGCUGUGAUAAAAGUUCUGCAGUGCUCCACACACACCUUUUUGCCACCUUCUCACGCAUUAGCCAUUUCUGCUCCCUCAUCGAUUUGUGUGGGCAACGGGAGCGCAGUCAGCUCCAGCUCUUGACAGAAUGAGUGCCAGCGUGCUAAAGCUUUUUUAUUAUCAUACCACAGGGCAUCGGCCUCGUGCUCCAGCUGCCAGCAUGAUGAAAGAGUGCCUGCAGUUCCUCAUCGAGCCAGCCAAAAAGCUGAAAAUCCGACUCAAGGAGUCUCGCAAAAGAGUGAAGCUUGACAAGAAGGAGCCUCUGGUGGAGAGUCAGUUGUUUAUUAUGGAGUUGGCCCGGGAGCUCAACAGAAUCUGCCAGAGAUCAAACAUGCUUUGCCACAUCUGGACUGGAGAGGACAUCUGGCCAGCAAACGUGUGUCGUGACUUUAUUGUGGAAUGGGCUGCUGUGCUGGAGAAAAGAGUGCAGCCGAGGAUAAUCUCAUCUGACUGCCAGUAUGAGAAGUCUGAGAAGAAGGACUGGAAGGGACACCUUCUUUGCAUGCUGGAAGCAGGGGGCGAGUACGACAUGGGCCCCCACAAAAGGGUCAUCAUGGAUUGGACUCGGGAAAUUAAAGGCAGACCUCAGCCGACUGUGUGGCCGGGCGAGCCUGUGCUCAUGAUGCUGGAUGACCUGGAGUUCCAGUGGAAGAGGGGCCGUCUGCCCAACCUGGUCCCAGCCAUGGAGCUCGUCAUGCUGGCCGUGCUGAACGCCGACAGCCCCAUAAAGGAGGAUGUGACAAAGCAGUGGCUGGUGAAGAAGCAGAGAAGCCAGAAGACUGACGCUGUGCGCUACAUCCCCCACUGUGUGUGGAAUUGGAUUUGUGAUGCAGCAGAGGACGUCACUCUGGACUCUGAAUCCUCCCACCCAGGCCUGCUCAUCUCCGAUGAUGACAAACGAAUGCGGUGCGGCCCGGAGCGCCGCGACGUUCUGCGGUGCCCACGGCGCUUCGAUGGCUGGUGGUGUGCUGUGGGCCAGGAGGGUUAUGCCUGUGGACGCCACUACUGGGAGGUGGAGGUGGGUGAGCGGGACUGGCGGCUGGGAGUGGCCAAAGCUUCGGCCGUGAGGCAGGGCUUCCGCUCGCUCAACACAGAUACAGGAUACCUGACCCUCCGUCUGGAGAGAGGCACAGAUCUGAAAGCCCUGACGGUGCCUGCUACCCCUUUACCCCAAAGCCUGGUGCCUAGGAAAGUCGGGGUAUAUCUGGACUAUGAGCAGGGCCAGCUGUCCUUCUACGACGUGGAGAAGCGCUCACACCUGUACACCUACACCGAGAAGUUCACAGAGGAACUGUACCCUGUGUUUGGGACUGUGGAGGUGGUCAAAGACCUGGUGAUCAGGCCUGCAGACCUGAGACAGCCGUGCCUGUGCCCGGGGCCCUGCCUCUGGAACUGAAUCAGAUCGGUCCUAAUCCUCAGCGGCUCACAGAGCUCGUGCUUUUAUUCCACUGAAUCAGAACCUCGUGCUGUUUCUGGAAUAAAAGUCUUUCUGUGAGGGGAAAUCCAAAACAGGAACUGCUGUUCUUCUGCGUUACACUUUCUGUUUCUCUGCCUUCAUGGAGACAUGUAGUAUUUGACUCUUUGUAUUUUAAAAUGAGCAUUUUAAUGAUGUCAAGUGAAAAAGUUCUUUUUUUUUCCCCACAGUUUUAAAUUACUUUCAAACUUUAUUAGAUAAAAUAUGAGAGCAAUUUAAAACUGAUGUUGCAAGAUUUUCAUCCAUGUGGAUUUUCUUUUCUUUUUUUUUUUUUUUUUUUUACAUUUUUUAUUGUUGAUAAAUGAAAAAUAAACAUCGCAAAUGUUACAGCAUGAGUGCACUGUGAAUGAUGAUAGUUCUAGCUUCAGUGCGGUGCUGAUGAGGGCAGAUAUUUACAGACCGGGCUGACGCAUGCCACUAGUUGAAUCUCACUCUGUUUGAUUCUUUGUAUCGAGCUUCCUGCAAACAUUUCUUGGGCAUGAGCUUCUUUUUGCAGCUGUGUUUUUGUUUAUUUGUGCUAUAUAAGACAUGGCAAUGCUCCCCCUCUCCUCAAUAAA